AUGUUAAGAUUAAGUUUAAACUUGUUUAGAAGAAGUGGAUUUCGUUACUCCAAGCCUUGCAUGCUCUUUUCUCAAGAUAAGGAACCUCCAAAAGGCUUCCAAAAAUUUCAAAGAAAAUCGAGAAUCCAACAAGAACAAUCCAUUUAACCAAAUGAGGAGAAGAAGGCCUCGGAGAAACCCAAUCAGGAGGAAGCAGAAAAGAUCAUCAAGGAGGAGUAAUAACAAGAUGAUGAAACUCCGAAAGUGGAAAAGCCAUAGAAAAAGAAGUACCAAUUUACCUAUGAUCCCAAAUCCUUCAAAUUAUAGGAGGAGGAGUAGAAGGCAGAGAAGUUGAAAUAAGAUUAAUAGGAGAAGUAGGACAAAUAGGAAGAGAAGUAAGAAAAAUAGGAGAAUCAAGAAGAAGAAGAAUAAUCGCAAUAGCAGCAACAAAAGUAAGAGAAGAAAAAACCAUUGCUUCCAGAAAUUGAUUUUACCAAGAUUCAAGAGUACCUAAAGAAUCCAAAGAAUCGCAAUUAUAUUUUCAUGUUUUUGGGUGUCAGUGGUUUAGCAGCACUUUACACUUAUUUGAAUAUGGAAGAACAAAUCACUUAUACUGAGUUUCUUAAGAAUUAUCUAGAAACUAACCAAGUUAGUGCAAUCAAAGUGUAUAAUAAUGAUAAAAGCAAAGUAAAUUAAGCUUCAAUCAUUACAACCAGAGGAGAAUCGAAAAAGUUAAUUCUUGGAAAUGUGGAUCAUUUCUUAGAAAAUCUAGAACGAUAUUAAACUGAAAAAGGAGUGUAUCCUGAAUAGUUUAUUCCAGUCUCAUUUGAGAUCUAAAUAGACAAAGCAAAGAUGGUUGAUAGAGCAUUGAAUUUUGUGUAUUAUGGGGUUUCACUUUUGGUCAUCAUUUAUUUGUUUAAAUCUUUCAAAGGAAGUAUGGGGAAUAUGGGAAAAGGAGGUGGAAGUGGUGGAAAUGAUGUGUUUGGUUUUGGUAAAUCAAAUGUAAAAUAAUUUGGAUUUGAAUAAAACGUAAAGGUCAAAUUUAAGGAUGUGGCUGGAUUGGAUGAAGCUAAAUUAGAAAUCAAAGAAUUUGUAGACUUUCUCAAGAAACCUAGAAAAUAUAAAGAAAUGGGAGCUAAACUACCAAGAGGAGCCUUAUUGGCUGGACCUCCAGGAACUGGUAAAACGAUGGUAGCAAAGGCUUGUGCAGGUGAGGCUGGAGUUCCAUUCUUUUUUGUGAGUGGUUCAGAUUUCGUUGAGAUGUUUGUCGGAGUUGGUGCCAGUAGAGUCAGAGAUCUAUUCAAAUAAGCAAAAGCAAAGUCUCCCAGUAUUAUUUUUAUAGAUGAAAUCGAUGCAGUUGGUAGAAAGAGAGAUGCUAAAAUUGGUGGUAAUGAUGAAAGAGAUAAUACAUUGAAUUAAUUAUUAGUUGAAAUGGAUGGAUUUGGAACUGAUACUAAUGUUAUUGUUUUAGCUGCCACUAAUAGAAAAGAAUUACUAGAUCCAGCACUCACUAGACCUGAUAUCGAAGGUAGAAAAUAAAUCUUCAUGGUUCAUUUGGCUCCAAUUAAGUUGGAUCCCUCUAAGACUAUGGAAGAAUACGCAAGAAGAUUGGCCACUCUAACUCCAGGAUUCAGUGGAGCUGAAAUUGCCAAUCUUUGUAAUGAGGCUGCUAUUAUGGCAGCUAGAGCUAAUAAGACAUAUGUGGACUCUCAUGAUUUUGAGAUGGCAUCAGAAAGAGUCAUGGCUGUGAAGAAGAAAGGAAAGACAGUUGCAUAUCAUGAAUCUGGACAUGCUGUUGCCAGUUGGUUCUUAAAGGGAGGACAUCCACUUCUUAAAUUAACUAUCAUUCCUAGAAGCAAGGGCUCAUUAGGAUAUGCUUAAUAUCUGCCUAAUGAAUCCAGUCUAGAGACCAAACAAGAAUUAUUGGAUAGAAUUUGUUGUAUAUUGGGAGGCAGAGUGGCUGAAGAGAUUUUCUUUGGAUAAGUCACUACUGGAGCCUAUGAUGAUUUAAAGAAAGCUUAUGAUGUUGCUCACAGCAUAGUGACUAAGUUUGGUAUGAAUGAGAACAUUGGGUAUGUGGGAUUUCAGGAGGGAGAGUUCUAGAAACCUUAUAGUGAUAGCACGAAUAAGUAGAUCGACGAUGAAAUUAGGAAGCUUAUUGAAGAACAGACUUAAAGAACUAGGUUAUUGAUCACUGAGAAAAAGGAGUUUGUUAAUAAAUUGGCGUCUACUUUGUUAGAAAAGGAGACUCUAGACUUACAAAAAAUAAUAGAAGUUUUGGGAGAAAGACCAUUUGCACCGAAAUCCAAUUAUAAGGCCUAUCUAGAAAUCAAAAAGGAAGAUUCACAAACAGCCCCCGCAUGA